AACGAGCUCCGUGUACUUUUUUAUGCAAGCACGAAUAAACAUAUCGUCACCACACAGCUUAUUAUUUGAGUUUGAGUAAAUCUCAGAGGUAUAUUGUUUGCGACUGCCUCUCGGUUAAGACCAUACACAGGAAUGCAUUUGAAACUGAACAUGUCAGAGACAGGGUCGGAAGUUGGAAUUAAGCUGGAAAGGGUGGAAGUUUGUUCGGAAUCUAAGGAUGAAGGUUUUGGAGACGAUAGCACGGAGAUCCCGUGCGCAGAGGCGGAUAUAAGGAUGCUGGACAACGAGACGCGUAGCGGAAGUGACGCGGUAAUGCUGGGAUACAUGUAUAAUCAGCAAUUGUUGUCCUCUUCAGACGACGGCGAGAAGGUCACGGACACCUCCAGCGAGGCUCUGCACUCCUCAGAGAAGUCACCCGCCAGCAGUCCCGACACCGGAAUAGGUCUGCACGAGUCGCCGUAUUCUAAACAAGACUACGGGAAACAAGACUACGUAAAACCAGAGUACACCAAACAAGACUAUAUGAAACAAGACUAUAUGAAGCAAGAAUAUAUGAAACAGGACUAUAUGAAGCAAGAUUACCUAAAGCAAGAUUACAUCAAGCACGACUAUCCUUCGCCACCAGAACACCACCUGCAGCAUCACAUCCCGCAUCCGGAAAUGACGUCAAUGGCGUACCCGCCCGUCGGCUCCAAGGGGCCAUACAGCGUCAACGGUAUCAGCCUGUCCUCGCCCAACGUCGACAUGAUGCACCCGGGCAUGGGCUACCAGAUGUCCCCAUACAGCGGCAACAACCCCAGAAAACAGCGAAGAGAACGGACCACUUUCACUCGCGCUCAACUUGACGUCAUGGAAUCCCUGUUCCAGAAAACGCGUUACCCCGAUAUAUUCAUGCGCGAAGAAGUAGCCCUGAAAAUCAGCCUCCCAGAAUCUCGCGUCCAAGUCUGGUUUAAAAACCGCCGUGCCAAAUGCCGCCAACAGGUUAAGGCGAAGGAAGGCAACAAUAACAAGUCACCGACUCCAAAGAAGGCAAAAUCUCCGCCGCCGCCGUCCAUCUCACCCGUCGGCGGCUAUUCCAAAUCUCCACCAGUGUCCAGUCCGCUGAGCAACGGAAGCAUGAACGCGCCGACGUCCAUCUGGAGCCCGGCGUCUAUUGCGCCUGUCAACGACAUCAUGUACCAGAACAGCUGCAUGCAGCGGACGGGCGGCUAUCCGAUGAGCAACAUGCACGGAGGCUACUCCCAAAACUACGGACCCUCCUCGUAUUACGGUAACUCUGACUACCUGACGCCUAUGCAGAUCCCGGUGAUGCACUCGAACCAGGCGAACAGUAUGUCCAAUUCCUACUCGAACCAGUACUCAUCGUUGCCGUCAGCGCAAGGUCUGUCCCGCCCCGCCGGCGGAGACUGUCUAGAAUACAAGGAUUCCUCUUGGCCGAAAUUCCAGGUUUUGUAAUAAUUAAAAAACGAUGAGAAUCUGACUUGUUUGUUGUGAUUAUUUAUUACUACCAAAAGAAACGGCCUGGGGACAGAGUGACGUAUCCAGAGGCGUCCACAGUGACAUCAUAACUGACGUCCCGCGUCAGAACGACGACGUUACCGUAUGAGAUUGAUAUAUAAGGGACGGCGACCAGGGUACGAGGCGUGAACUGUGAACCUUUCGAAGUGCUGUAGAAUGUGGGUUACUGUGAAUAGUCGAGUUCACAGUAAAGUGGGAACUGUGUUCACCAACCAUCGACUAACAGCGUAAGCGUUAAAUCUACACACAGAUUAUUUGGUGAACAUCCGCUUAAACAAAAAUGAUUUUGAUUUUGACAAUCAGUCUGAAUGACUCAACAGUAGUUUGAUCUGAUCAUAUUCGACAUAAAUAUAUGGUAAUUGUUUUGCUUACGAUAAUGUAAUGAUAUCCAGAAAGAUGUGUUCACAAAUGUCCAAUAUUGAUAUUUAAUUUCAUUUUAGAGUUUAUUUUUGUUCACUUCACACAUCACCAAUUUUUUCAACAUUCCUUGCAUUAAUUAUCGUGUUUUCAAUCGUUACUGCGGUAGAAACCAUUGAUGGUGUACCAAACACGUAUUAAUAAAGUUCUUUUCGUUAGUUGAUUUUGUUUUUGUAUUGAAUUGUUGGAGUUUUUUUUUACAUAAAGACAAAACAUAUCGGAUAAACAAAAAGAACAAUGAUAGCAGCGUAUUGGUCGAAAUUACAUUCCAAAAUUAUUUUUUGUUACUUAAAAUAAGUAAUAUGACAAUUGUACAUAUCGUUUUCAUUUGCCAGUACGUCGAAUGUCCAGUCAAUACUUAUGUUACAACGGUUGAGAUUGUAGCUUAUAGAUUUACAAGUUAAAUUAAUUUUGUAUAAAGUGUAUUAUAAUUGUGUACGUUCAUUUCACCGUUGUUUUUAUGAAUCAAUUUCAUUUCACGACGUCAAUAUUUCCAGUGAUUUCGUUUGUAUAUUUCAUGCGUAAUUUAUGUUUUCUACAUGUCUAUAUAAAGAAAUGUGUAUAGUGUUAUUAUAUGUGAAGAUAUUUUGCGACAUUUACUGUAUUGUAUGACAUGCCAAAAGUGUCAUUAAUUCCAUUAUUGCUAUGGAGCGGAAGAAAACUGCUCUUAAUCGACCAGUUGGGAAUAAAUGCAAUAACAUAA